AUGUUUGAUUAUGAACUGAUAGUAUUGAUAGUGUUCUAUUGGAUUAUUGAUAUAAUUGUGAUUUUAACACUGUCGAUAUUGAAAAUCAAGUUAUUAUUUAAUAAUUAAAAUAGGUAUAAGAUUACAGUAGGCAAUCUUUUAAUCGAUACUUUUUUGGCAGCGGUUUUCAAGACUACAAUUCUUAUCAACUUUACAUACUCUGAACUAGAUAUCCAAUAUUUUAGUUAUGUUAUUAUGGCAUACUAUUUCAUCAGAUCUAUGGUAAUCAAUAUUAGAAAAAUUGCAGUAAAUGAGACCAUAACCUAAUACUCCUUUGUAAGCUAUUAUUAAUUAUAUUCUAGCUUGUAUAAGGUGUGAAAAUCUUAUUAGUACUCUAAUUAAUGCUUAUAACUAUGAGAUGGAAAUGCACAAUAUAUUGGAGCUGGUUUACAACAUUUAGUAUUGCAUGGGGUUUAUUAGUUAUAUGUUUUAUUGUGCAUUUUGUUUUUUUUCUCUCGAUUGGUGAAACAUUGAUAGAUUAUUAUAAAAAAAAGACAACUAAAACAUAAUUGGUUGGUGGCAUUUGGUUAACAUACUAUUUAUGUGGUUUUAGUGGAAUUCCAAUGUGGUUUUGCUAUAUAAUAUGUUAAAAUCAAGAAGUCAAAAAUUUCCCAACAUCUGAUUAAGCAACUCUAUUAUGCAUCUUAAUAAUUUCUUAUAAUCUUUCUCUUUUAAUGAUUACAACUAUUUGCAAGGCUCAACUUAUGUAAAUAUUAUCAUCAUACUUAAUUUUAGAUAAUUCAUUAAAGAUAUGGGAUUCGAUACUGAAAUUCCUUAAGAACCAAUUGUAUAAGAAUAAAAAUUACCUUAUCACUUUCUUAGAAUAUCCUUACCAUAAAAAUUAAUUCAAAUAUCUUCUACUUACUUUGAUUUUGCCUAAGAAUCGAAUAAAUAAAUUAAAUAAUAAUAAUAACACAUAUCAAACAGCAAUUUCAGUGUUAUAAAUUAAAAGGCUAGACUCAAAGCUUUUGAAUUCAUGGCUAAAACUGAAUAAAUUAAUUCUCCAGUUGAAAGGGAAUCAGGACUUGUGAAAAGUGAAGAAAAAUGUUAGGUUUGUUUUGAAAAUGAACCUUAAAUUGUAAUGCUUCCUUGUUAACAUGGUGGAAUUUGUGAUGAUUGUCUUUAAAAAUGUCUAAAGAAAUCACCCAAUUGCUAUUUAUGUAGAAAGGNUUGAUUAUGAACUGAUAGUAUUGAUAGUGUUCUAUUGGAUUAUUGAUAUAAUUGUGAUUUUAACACUGUCGAUAUUGAAAAUCAAGUUAUUAUUUAAUAAUUAAAAUAGGUAUAAGAUUACAGUAGGCAAUCUUUUAAUCGAUACUUUUUUGGCAGCGGUUUUCAAGACUACAAUUCUUAUCAACUUUACAUACUCUGAACUAGAUAUCCAAUAUUUUAGUUAUGUUAUUAUGGCAUACUAUUUCAUCAGAUCUAUGGUAAUCAAUAUUAGAAAAAUUGCAGUAAAUGAGACCAUAACCUAAUACUCCUUUGUAAGCUAUUAUUAAUUAUAUUCUAGCUUGUAUAAGGUGUGAAAAUCUUAUUAGUACUCUAAUUAAUGCUUAUAACUAUGAGAUGGAAAUGCACAAUAUAUUGGAGCUGGUUUACAACAUUUAGUAUUGCAUGGGGUUUAUUAGUUAUAUGUUUUAUUGUGCAUUUUGUUUUUUUUCUCUCGAUUGGUGAAACAUUGAUAGAUUAUUAUAAAAAAAAGACAACUAAAACAUAAUUGGUUGGUGGCAUUUGGUUAACAUACUAUUUAUGUGGUUUUAGUGGAAUUCCAAUGUGGUUUUGCUAUAUAAUAUGUUAAAAUCAAGAAGUCAAAAAUUUCCCAACAUCUGAUUAAGCAACUCUAUUAUGCAUCUUAAUAAUUUCUUAUAAUCUUUCUCUUUUAAUGAUUACAACUAUUUGCAAGGCUCAACUUAUGUAAAUAUUAUCAUCAUACUUAAUUUUAGAUAAUUCAUUAAAGAUAUGGGAUUCGAUACUGAAAUUCCUUAAGAACCAAUUGUAUAAGAAUAAAAAUUACCUUAUCACUUUCUUAGAAUAUCCUUACCAUAAAAAUUAAUUCAAAUAUCUUCUACUUACUUUGAUUUUGCCUAAGAAUCGAAUAAAUAAAUUAAAUAAUAAUAAUAACACAUAUCAAACAGCAAUUUCAGUGUUAUAAAUUAAAAGGCUAGACUCAAAGCUUUUGAAUUCAUGGCUAAAACUGAAUAAAUUAAUUCUCCAGUUGAAAGGGAAUCAGGACUUGUGAAAAGUGAAGAAAAAUGUUAGGUUUGUUUUGAAAAUGAACCUUAAAUUGUAAUGCUUCCUUGUUAACAUGGUGGAAUUUGUGAUGAUUGUCUUUAAAAAUGUCUAAAGAAAUCACCCAAUUGCUAUUUAUGUAGAAAGGUAUCUUAUGUAUAUUUAUAAAGAAAAUUCAAAAAUUGCUUAGAGUUUCUAAAGAGACUUCUGGGAAAUUUGCAAUAAAUGACAUUGCAUUAUGUGAUGCAUGA